AUCCAUCGUCUUCGUUGUUCAUUCGUUCGUUCGCUAGCUGAUUACCUACAGAAGCGCGCGGACUACGAUUGAGGUCAACGCAAAGUCCUCCUCGUUUCUUCUUCGUAGUCUCCUCGUUGUACGUAUUUCUCCUUCUUCUUCAUAGCGCAUGGCGCGGCGUUUUCGCUUCGAAUCUCUCUCCGGAAAAGUUUGCUGCCAGAAACCUGCUAACGCUCGUUGAGAACGUAUUGUAGUCGCAAACGAAGUGAAGGUGUUCGCGACGCGAUCUUUUCAAAUCGGACACGUGUGUUGUUAUAAAAACUAAAGUUUUCAUAAAGAUUUUUUUUAAAUAUAGUCUACAAUUUAAAAAUAAAGUGUGUGAAUAUAGUUCUUCUUUUAAAACCAUAUUUGAAUGUUGUGUUUUUAAACUAUUAAUGACUUUUUAGUAAUAUUUUAUGAGAUGUUAGUAGUUUAUUGAAAGGAAUAUUUUUUUGGAAAAAGGAGACGUAAUGAGUGAUUACGACCGCAUCAAACGAGCUUGCGUGAAGCGUGGCGAAUUAUGGGAGGAUCCCGAUUUUCCAGCCGCGCAAACUUCUGUAUUCUACCAUCAGACGCCUCCGUUUCAAUUCCAAUGGAAGCGACCAAAGGAUCUUUGCGCAAGACCCGGUUUCGUACAAGAUGGUCCAUCGCAAUUUGAUAUUAGUCCAGGAAAAAUGGGUGAUCGAUGGUUGGUAUCUUGUUUGGGCGUCUUAUUCUUAAACAAAGGAUUAUUCUACCGAGUAGUUCCCGCAGAUCAAUCUUUUAAUGGAGAACAAUACGCGGGCGUAUUCCGAUUUAGAUUGUGGUGGUGUGGUGAAUGGACAGAAGUUCUUGUCGAUGACCGAUUGCCCACCGUUCAUGGACGAUUAGCUUUCCUACAAAGCCAACAUUCCGAUUAUUUUUGGGCAGGAUUACUUGAAAAGGCUUAUGCAAAAUUACAUGGAUCUUACGAAGCUUUAAAAUACGGUUCUUUACUGGAUGGACUCGCUGAUUUAACAGGAGGUAUCACCGAAAGUAUACAAAUCAAACAGGAUAUCACGGCGUGUGCUCGUCUUUUACACAAAUUACUGGAUAUGACCUCUAUAAUUACUGCAACAGUUCAACCACCAAAUUAUCAAGUACGAGCUCAUGUUGAAAAAUUAGCUAAUGGUAUACAAAUAGGAACAAACUAUCGAAUUUAUGCAGUGGAAAGAGUGGAAAAAUUUAGUGGAGAAGCAGUUCAGUUAAUAAAACUAAGAAAUCCUUUAGGUACUUCAAAUGAGUAUACAGGAUCUUGGUCUUUAGAUUCAACAGAAUGGUCAGAUGUAAAUCCAUUAGAACAAGAACGUGUUCAAGCUAAGCUAACAGAAGAUGAAUUUUGGGUUGCUUACGCUGAUUUCAUAAAAACGUUUACAAAUUUAGAAGUUGUCCACUUAGAUAGCGAUACAAGUCGAGAUGAACCAAGUCUUCAUAAUAAAAACACGUGGCAAAUGAGAUUGUAUCAAGGAAAUUGGCAAAAAGGAGUUUCUGGUGGUGGAUGUAGAAAUAAUCCGGAUACGUUUCAUAUAAACCCUCAAUUACAAUUAUUGUUAAGUGAAAUGGAGGAAGUUAUCGUUUCAUUGAAUCAACAUAGUAUAAUGGAACCUAAAGUAAUCGGGUUCACUGCUUAUUCUUUACCAAAAAGUACGACUGAAUCUAUCGGAAAAUUAUUUUUUAAGAAAAAUAAAUCACUUAUUAACUCGCAAUACACAAACAGUAGACAAGUAAGUCAUCGAUGUCAAUUAGAACAAGGUGGAUAUUUAAUUCUUCCUACAACUUUCGAACCUGGCCAAGAAUCAGGGUUUACACUUCGCGUUUAUUCGAGUAAACCGUUAAAAUUAAAACUUUUGGAUACACCACCUUAUCUUGUUAAAUCUGCAAUAGUUAAAGCACCACCAUUAUUAGACGGGAAAAGUUUUAGCCAAUACGAAGCUGUUUUUCUACAAUUAGCAGAUGAACAUCGAACUGUAAACGCUUUUGAAUUACAAGAAUUAUUAGACGCCUGUCUCCCAAAUGAUUAUAUUAAAAGUUGUGCUUCAAUUGAAGUUUGCAGACAAGUCGUUUUAACACUCGAUACAACUGGUACUGGUCGAUUAAAAUUUAGCGAUUUUAAAGAUCUUAUGUGUAGUCUUAAACAUUGGCAGACAGCUUUUAAAAGUCAUACGAAAGAAAAAACAGGAAUCUUGAAAGCAGAACGUUUACGAGACGCAUUACUCGAAGUCGGAUUUCAAUUAAGCAGUGACGUUUUAGCUAUUUUAAUAUUGCGAUAUAUGAGAAAAGAUGGCACUUUACGUUUUGGUGAUUUUGUAUCUGCAAUACUUCAUCUUACAGUAUCAUUUAGUAUAUUUGAAACUAAGGAUCCUUUACAAAAUGGUAAUAUUAAAUUGAGUUUGGCAGAGUGGCUAAAAUCAUCGUUGACUUGCUAAAAUGCGCUCUUUUUUAUGAAAACUGUAUAUACCAAAAGCAGAAGAUGACUACGUAUUUAUAAAUUGUAGAUUUAAGUUGUAACAUAUUUUUUAUUAUUAGUAUUUAUGUAAAA